UGUGCGUAGGGUCGUCCACCGUUUCGAUGCUUUGCAAAUCUGCAACUACAAACUUGCGAAACAAGCAGGUUAGCAAACUAGCCGGACAAACAUGGCAGACAAGACACCGAAGCGGUCUGACGCCCCGUUUGCGACCAGGAUAGACCCGAGUAAAGAGGAACUGUCCCGGGAGCAGUUGCACUUCAUCAAGCAGGUGGAGCUGGAGCAGUGGAGGAAGAAGACGCAGAAGAUGCGUGCGCGUAACGUGCUGACUGGGGUCGCCAUUGGGGCGCUAGUGCUGGGCAUCUAUGGCUACACGUUUUACUCUGUCUCCCAAGAGCGCAUCAUGGAUGAGAUGGACGAGGAGGCCAAGCGUGCCCGGGCGCCAAGGACAGGUUCUAACUGAAGGUUCUAAAGUCCAGAUCCUCAGUGGACACCUCAACUGGCCUUUCUUUGCUCAUCUCAAAGAAAGCCCUGGACUCCUAUCGCUGGCCUGAACUUUCCAGAAGAAGUAAUUCCUGUCUUUUUUUGCAGCUACUUUGUGCAAGGUAUUAAGUGACCUUCGGAGAGGACAAUGCAAAAUGACAGCACUUAAAACAACACAAAAUGGUUGUACGCAACUGUAUUUCUGUUGGUGAAGUGAUAUAUAGAAUAAACCUGAUUUAUUUUGUUUAGCAAAAAACACACUGGGUAUUUUUUAAUUGGCUUUUAUUGAGCUGGGAAAUCCACUUCAGUGAACAUCCAAUGCAGGAGGAGAAAUAUAAAAUUAGACUCUAAAGCAUAAGAGGUGGAAAAAGGCACAGAUGGCAGCAGCAUUUAUUUUGCAUUGCACAUUGUUUAUUUUCCAAAUAUUUUGAAUAUAUUACUUGAUUUUUCUCAAUGUCCAGUGUGAAUAUUCAAAAGGCACAUUGACAGCUUGGACAUUCUCCCUUGUUUUGUUAUUUUCAUGAAUGAACACAGUUUGACCGACAAGGUGUGUUUAAAUGAAAAUGCUAAAGUGCAUGAGGUGCUUGAUUGAUCUACUCUAAUAAACUAAAAUGUAUAUUUAUAUAUAACAGGUUUUUUUUUCAUGAUUAAUUGUGUAAACAGUCUAUAAAUGAAGUCUACUGUAUGCACACACAUAUGAUAUAUUUACAGUUUGAAAAGCCAGUAGUAGUAGUAUUACAUAUUGGAUAUUAUUUGUAUUUGCAUCUUUUACUGGCUCGAUUACCUCCGCCAAGGAGAGAGAAAAUUAAAGUCACGUAAAAAUAA